GGAACAAAACAGUUGCUUUUAACCGUAUUACCUACCGAAUGAUUGAACUGAAACAACAUUGUCAUGUGAAAGAGAAAUGAGCUUCAGUCUCUUACUCCCAUUACCAUUACAAAACCAACCAAACCAUUCCUCGUACCAAAACUCAAAUCUCAAGAGAAACCCAUCUCUCUUUCCCAUUCCACAUUCACUCCCUUUCUUCUCUCUCACUCACACUCACACUCACCGAUCUCCAACUCGUUCCAACUCAGUGCACGAAGGACGAGUCCACUGGACCCAGAACUCCUUCAAGAACCACCUCAUUGUUCCCGAAACACUUGUUGUACUCACAUUUUCCACGCUCCUUUUCUGCCUUAGGCUCUUCUCCAAUGCCCUUUUGCCCGAUUUCCCUCGUCGUUGGCGAAACCUCAUUGAAUUUUCCGCCGAGGCUGAACUCAGAGCCAGCUCUUAUCCUUGGCAUUUAUGGCAAGCCAUUGUGGCUUACGAGGACCGCCGCUUCUUUAUGCAUCAUGGGGUUGACCCCGUCGGCAUUGCCCGUGCUGUGCUGUCUUUUUCGUCUCGUGGAGGUGGUAGCACCAUUACCCAACAGCUUGUCAAAAACACCUUCCUUAAAAAUGAACGCACUCUUUCAAGAAAAGUAGUCGAGAUGGUGUUGGCACUAGCAUUGGAGAGGACAAUGUCAAAAAGGAGAAUUCUGAGCUGCUAUAUGAAUAAGAUUUACUGGGGACAUGGUAUAUAUGGCAUUAAAUCAGCAUCAAUUUUCUACUUUGGAAAGCAUCCAUCUCUUCUUAGUUUGGGGGAGUCUGCAAUGCUUGCUGGGAUUAUACCUGCCCCAGAACUUCGUUCUCCACUCAGGGAUCCUAGCAGGGGGAAGAGCUUCCAAGCAAGAGUCUUAAGGAGGAUGGUGGAAGUUGGUUUUCUUGAUAUUGAAACGGCACUUUUGGUUGUGAAACAAGGUCUUCAUCUGCAUGUUUUUGUGUCAGAAUAUGCUGAUGGAUUCUUGCACCUAUCACCCUUGCCUAAGGAUGGACUGGGAGUAUCCAACAAAUUGAAGCGAGGAACUGACUCAGCUUUUAAGGUUGUGUGGGACUGGGAAAAAGAGAGCGUGACAUGGGAAGCCUGGGAAGAUAUGGAAAGAUGGUCCAUCAAGUUGCAGGCCAUUGAUCACAUAAAACUUCAGAAAAACAUACUGGUUGUAGUGACAAAAUGGAUUUUUCGUAAUAAAUAGUAAGGAUUGUCUUUUAAUUUUUAUGGUGCCUCUUAGAGCUUCAUUAAACUAAACUCAAUAAGUUGGAUGUCUUCGCCUGCAUUAUUGCUAAUUCAGCAUGUCCUCUUUCACCAUUUUAUUAGGCACCAAAUCUCAGAAAAAUUGUUUGUGUGUGAAUGUGUCUAUAAGUGUUGUGGUAACUUUGCUCUCAUAUGGUUACUGUCAAAUCCGGUCUUAUUUGGAAGGGCUUCUAGGCUUUUGCAAUAGUUUCAUGUUGAUAAUUACUGACAUCCAAGCCUUA